GCUAAUAGUAGAAAGCGGAAGUGACGCACUAUUGUGCAGACGCGUGUUUGAGGAAGUGGGAAGUCUCCAGCUUCGGAACCACCAUGGAGGCUCCGGCAAAGGGUUUUUCUGGAGGAGAGGAAGAAGAGGAGUCUUUCCACGAUUGUCAGGAUGCGGCGCUUCUUCACAAGGAGACUGUGGGAGAUAAUGUAGCCUGUGCAGAAGACAAGGAUGACCCAGCGCUCUGUGAGGGAGACAAUAGGCUCCCGGGACAGGAGGAGAAGCUGGAAGACGAGGAUGUAAUGGAGUUUGAUGAGGAGGCGCUGCUGGAGCUGGAAAAGGGACAGAGCGAGGAGGAGAGAGAGGAGAAAAGAAAGCAGAGCACUACAUUAAAAGAAGAAGGAAACCAGCUUUUUAAGAAUGGAGAAUACACCGCUGCUGAAGCCGCAUACACUCAAGCACUCCAGAUGUGUCCAGCAUUUUAUUCUAAGGAUCGUGCCAUCCUUUUCUCAAACAGAGCUGCUGCAAGAAUGAAACAGGAUAUGAAUGAUUUUGCCCUAAAAGAUUGCUCAAAAGCAAUAGAGCUCAAUCCCGACUACAUCCGCGCAUUACUGAGAAGAGCAGAGCUGUUUGAGAAGACUGAUAAAUUAGACGAAGCUUUGGCAGAUUAUAAAUCCGUUCUGGAAAAAGAUCCAUCUGCUUAUCCAGCCAGAGAGGCCUGCAUGCGCUUGCCCAGGCAGAUUGAUGAGAGAAAUGAGAAAAUGAAAGCAGAAAUGAUAAGUAAACUGAAGGAUUUGGGGAACCUAGUCCUGAGGCCUUUCGGAUUAUCAACAGAAAACUUCCAAGUUAAACAAGAUUCCUCGUCUGGCUCUUACUCUAUAAACUUUGUUCAAAAUCCAAACAAUAACGGAUGAAGGCCUGAGUGCAGACUGUGAUUGUUACAUAUACGUUUAUUGGGGAGGGAGAUGCAGUUCAGCAUGUACUGUAUUGCUGCUCCAUACAAUGGCGGAGUUGUAAGCGUUUCAGUACGACUGCUGCACGAGAAUCCCCGUUCUAAUAAUGUUGGCUGCGAUUUGUUUCCCAACAGACUGACACUUCCCCAUGUUUGGAUAAAGGAUUUCUUUGCUUGCGACAUCAGGAAUCUCUUAGUGAACAUGAUAACACGAUAACUCGAGCGUAUAUUAUUGUUCUAUUAAAUUCUGCCCCAUUUGUUGAAUCCGUAGAACUAAAAUGUAUUAAAAACCUCUAAUUUAA